AUGAAGGAAUAAAAGCAUGACCCCAAAGUUGCUAUAAAAGUUCUAAACUUUUUUUUAAAAGGAAGAGCAUAAGGAACUAUAUUCCCAGAACAUCAAGCUAUGACUCCAGAAGAGAUUAAGUCAAUUUUCCACAGAGCCUUCAUUCGAUUAAGAGCAAUCUAUUUACUCAAUAAAUUAUCCUAGGAAAUAAUUAUGUAUGGAACAUCAUCUAAUUUAUUUGAUAUAUCCACAAGAGACAGACCUGCAUUAUAAAAAUACCUCUUUCCUCUUAAUAAGUCUACAGAGCAUAAAGAUCAAAGUCCAUAAUUUCCCAUUAUUCAUCCAGAUUCCUAUGUUAAAUUUGUUUGGAAUUUAAUUUUCACUGCAAUUAUAUUAUACACAUCGAUUAUAUUGCCAUUUAGAAUUUCAUUCUAUGUUAACAAAGAAGAAUCAUAUUGGUAAUAAAUUGAUAUUGUUACUGAUGUAUUAUUUUGGAUAGAUUUAUGGAUCAAUAUGUUUAGUGGAUAUUAUGAUGAAGAGGGGAAGUUGGUAGUAUAAAAAAGAACUGUGAUUCUGAAAUAUUUGAAAGGGUGGUUUUUACUCGAUUUCAUUUCUUGUUUGCCUUUGACUUACAUGAUUGAUUCAUCAAAUUCGAACGACGGUUAGGAAAUUAAACUGGUGAAAUUAGCAAAAUUGCCAAGACUGUAUAAAUUGACAGGAUUGGUGAAAUUAUCAAAAUAAUUCAGAAUAACAAGCAACGACUUUUUCUAAUUCAAUUAUGGUAUGACUAGAUUGACCUCCCUAUUUCUAUCGGUGAUAUUAGUUAUUCAUUUAUCAAGUUGUGUUUGGCAUUAUGUUGCAGCAUUCAAUAACUAUGAAGUCAACAGUUGGGUAUAUUAAAAUGAUCUAUCGAAUUCAUCUAUUCAAACUAAAUAUAUCGCAGGAAUGUACUAUGCCUUCACUACCUUAACUACAGUAGGAUACGGAGAUAUCCAUGCCUACUCCCCUCAAGAAAAGAUCGUCACUAUUAUCUUGAUGAUUUUAGGAGUUUUAUUCUAUUCAAGCAUUAUUGGUUUGUUGUCCUCAGUCUUAUCCCAAAUAGAUUACAAAGCACAUAUACUAAAUCAGAAAAAAGCUAUAAUGAGUGAAUUUUGUUUAGAAAAGAAAAUUUCCAGGUAAUUAAGAGAUUGUCUAAAAGAGACUUUGGAGUACAAUUUUAGUAAGAAUGGAUUUGUUUGGGCAAGUGAUACUAAAAUAUUUUAAGAUAUUCCUAUGAAUUUAAGAUAUGAAAUAAUGAUGUCUAUGCAUGGGGGUGUAUUUGGACAUUAAGCAUUGUUUUAAUUGGUAGAGGAUAAAGCUUUUGUUGUGAAUAUAGUACCAUUGUUAAAACCAUUAUUUAUGUUAGAAAGCGAAGUGAUUUGGGAAGAAAAAUCAAAUCCAGAUGCUAUAUAUUUGAUUGAUAUUGGAAGAGUCAAUUUUAAAACCAAUUUCAUAGUCUAAGCAACUACUAGUCAAUUAAAAUUAUUCUCAUUCAAAUCUAUGAUAAGUGGUUCAUAUUUUGGAGAAAUCGAAAUCUUUUUCCACACUACUAGAGAGUAUGUUGUUCAAUGUGAAUCAAACUGUGAAUUUUAUUACUUAACUCUUUAAGCUUUUGAAAAUGAGAUCUAUGAUGAUUUUCCUCAUAUGAUGGACAAGAUGAGAAAGAUUGCAGAGGAUCGAAGGAAGAAAAACCUGGAAACCAUAGAAUAAUUGCAAAAGUUCAUAUUAGAUGAAACUGCAAAGCCAGAAGCAAGAAUAUCAAAAAAAAAAAAGACUAUUCUCUUAAAAGAAUAUCAGAGUGAUAGUUAGAGUAAUAUUAAUGAUAUAACCUAAAGAUAGAAUGCCAGUAAAUAGAGUAGAAGCAAACAUGAGGCAGCUUUACUUGAAUUAAGGAAGAGAGAUUUGAAAUAAAAUAAUGAUCACUCAAAGACUGUGUUUUAGUAACGUAAUCCUUUUAGCUAAAAACAAAUUUAAAUCAACCAAAACAAAUAGAAACUUUAAGAAUUAGUUUUAAUUGCAGAGGAAAUCUCUGAUCUUUUAGAAGAAUGA